CUUGUGUGUGUUUAAGAUACCAUCUGAAAUCUAUGCCCUGCUCGGAAGCUGUAGUGUGUUGGAGAACUAUCAAAUCUUGCAGCCAAGUGCUGGCUGCCAGCUUUCACCACCAAUGACCUUUGAACUAUCUGUUGGUCAUAGUGCCUUGCACUGUCGGAUGUCUGCCAAUGUUUGAGAUUCUACUCACCUAGUCCUGCUAGUCUAGUGAUUUUCAAGGCACUUUAGGCAUUUUCUACUCUCUUCUCUAGCCUUAUAUUCUUUCCUUCGCAGCUUUGAAGUUCUAGUGGUCAUCAACUGUUUUAGAAUUUAAGUACUAAUUUUACUUAAGUGUUCACGAAACAUGCCUGCUGGUAAGGAUACAGUAGACAAGACGGGAUAUGAAGUUAAAGGAUAUUCCUUAAAUCAGAACGGAGAUGCGAUAAAGUCUGACCAGAUCUAUGGUGGUCCAGUAUCUGAUGACCAACAGGUUGGUAAAGUUGUUAAAAAUAGCUUUUUUUUUUUUUUAUGGCAUGGACUAAAUAGAGCUCCACAACUGCGGCACAUGGUUUAACAUGGGUGGCGCGAGGGCAACAGUCCUCAAAGCGAAUGGAAAAUUUGAGAAGAUAAUCUACAUUUUUUGAAACAUAAUGUAGGGCAUGAACGUUUCAACUAAAAAAGUCUUCCAUUUCAUCUCAUUUGUUGACAUGAUCACUUGUGUUGUUUGGACCAUGCGAGAUUUUCAAUAGCAUACAGGUAUAGCUUUUUAAGUAAUUACUUUUUCGCAUAAAAAUAAAUAUGUCAACUUGACACAUGAACGUCAUACUCACAUACGUCAAUGAAAGUUGCUGCUUUUAUGUGUAAACCAUAUGUGUAUGUUUUAUUACAAGACUUUUUUUAAAUUUGUUUGAAUGAUGAAUUUUCUUUGUGUUAAAUCACAACAGUGUAUGCGUACAGAAUUUAAAUUUAUAAUAAAAUGACCCCUUUGAACUAGAUGAAAUGACUCCUUUAAAAUAGAUGAAAUGACUCCUUUAACAAAGAUGAAAUGACCCCUUUGAACUAGAUGAAAUGACCACUUUGAACUAGAUAAAUGACCCCUUUGAACUAGAUUAAAUGACCUGUUUUAACUAGAUGAAAAGACCCCUUUGAACUAGAUGAAAUGACCCCUUUGAACUAGAUUAAAUGACCUCUUAAAACGAGAUGAAAUGACCCCUUUGAACUAGAUGAAAUGACCCUCUUAAAACUAAAUGAAAUGACCACUUUAAACUAGAUAAAAUGACCCUCUUAAAACUAGAUGAAAUGACCCAUUUGAACUAGAUUAAAUGACCUCUUAAAACGAGAUGAAAUGACCCCUUUGAACUAGAUGAAAUGACCCUCUUAAAACUAAAUGAAAUGACCACUUUAAACUAGAUAAAAUGACCCUCUUAAAACUAGAUGAAAUGACCCAUUUGAACUAGAUAAAAUGACCCUCUUAAAACUAGAUGAAAUGACCCCUUUGAACUAGAUGAAAUCAGCUGUAUAAACCAAUUGCAAGCUUGAUAGAUUUCGUCUCUGUUGAUUUGAUGCCUUAAAAAGGGACAUUUCUUUGACUUGUAUAUGACGAAUGAAAUGGGGGGGGGGGGUGGUUGAUGGCAUAGAAGAUGUGCCACUAGUCUAGCAGAAGGGCAUGUUAAUGCACUAUCAAUAGGAAUUAUACUAAGGAAGCAUUUAAAUUGUUUGGUACAUGUCAUUGUGCUUGCAAUAACAAGUGUUGCUUUGCAUUGUUUCAAUAGCGUUGUGUCGUUUGAGAACCGCCGUGAGUCUGAUUGGACCGUGAUUAAAAAUUCGUUUGAGAACACAGGACUUAAUUGGGACUUUUAGUUGUAUCAUGUUUUAUGAUUUAUUUUGUCUGCUGGUAAAGCACUUGUCUGAUAGGCUGCUACUGAUUAGACAUAGUUUUUAAAACGAAAAAAUUAACAACUUAUUUCAUUAAGAAAAGGUUUUCUUCUGUCAAAUAUCAUCUUUUUUGUUCACAAACAAAAACUAUUCAAUACAUCUUAGGACAUCAUGCAUUUGUUUUUGUCAGUUGUGUAUACAACAAGUAGAACUCACAAUUUAAUAACAAAAUGCAUUUCCAUUUAAAAAAGUUUAAAAAAUGACAAUAUGAGGCCAACUAAUUGUUAAACAAUGCAUACUUGUUCUAUUCGUGUUUACUAUUGGAGUGUUUGAAUGUAGCUCUAUCUGGUAAAUAAGCAGUGUUUAUUUUUUUUUUUUGUUAAGCGUUUAAAGAACUCUUAAUGGUGCUACUAGAAGAUCUCUCAAAGGUUCUACCAGAAGCUCUCUCAAUGGCGCUACUAGAAGAUCUAUCAAAGGUGCUACCAGAAGCUCUCUCAAUGGCGCUACUAGAAGAUCUAUCAAAGGUGCAACUAGAAGAUCUCUCAAUGGUGCAACUAGAAGAUCUCUCAAUGGUGCAACUAGAAGAUCUCUCAAUGGUGCAACUAGAAGAUCUCUCAAUGGUGCAACUAGAAGAUCUCUCAAUGGUGCAACUAGAAGAUCUCUCAAUGGUGCAACUAGAAGAUCUCUCAAUGGUGCUACAAGAAAAUCUCUCAAUUGUGGUACUAGAAGAUCUCUUAAUGGCACUACUAGAAGAUCUCCCAAUGGUGCAACUAGAAGAUCUCUCAAUGGUGCAACUAGAAGAUCUCUUAAUGGUGCAACUAUAAGAUCUCUCAAUGGUGCUACUAGAAGAUCUCUCAAUGGUGCUACUAGAAGAUCUCUCAAUGGUGCAACUAUAAGAUCUCUCAAUGGUGCUACUAGAAGAUUUCUCAAUUGUGGUACUAGAAGAUCUCUUAAUGGCACUACUAGAAGAUCUCCCAAUGGUGCUACUAGAAGAUCUCUCAAUGGUGCAACUAGAAGAUCUCUCAAUGGUGCAACUAGAAGAUCUCUCAAUGGUGCUACAAGAAAAUCUCUCAAUUGUGGUACUAGAAGAUCUCUUAAUGGUGCUACUAGAAGAUCUCUCAAUGGUGCUACUAGAAGAUCUCUCAAUGGUGCAACUAUAAGAUCUCUCAAUGGUGCUACUAGAAGAUCUCUCAAUGGUGCAACUAUAAGAUCGCUCAAUGGUGCUACUAGAAGAUCUCUCAAUGGUGCAACUAGAAGAUCUCUCAAUGGUGCAACUAGAAGAUCUCUCAAUGGUGCUACAAGAAAAUCUCUCAAUUGUGGUACUAGAAGAUCUCUUAAUGGCACUACUAGAAGAUCUCCCAAUGGUGCUACUAGAAGAUCUCUCAAUGGUGCAACUAGAAGAUCUCUCAAUUUAGCAACUAGAAGAUCUCUCAAUGGUGCAACUAGAAGAUCUCUCAAUGGUGCAACUAUAAGAUCUCUCAAUGGUGCUACUAGAAGAUCUCUCAAUGGUGCUACUAGAAGAUCUCUCAAUGGUGCAACUAGAAGAUCUCUCAAUGGUGCAACUAGAAGAUCUCUCAAUGGUGCUACAAGAAAAUCUCUCAAUUGUGGUACUAGAAGAUCUCUUAAUGGCACUACUAGAAGAUCUCCCAAUGGUGCAACUAGAAGAUCUCUCAAUGGUGCAACUAGAAGAUCUCUUAAUGGUGCAACUAUAAGAUCUCUCAAUGGUGCUACUAGAAGAUCUCUCAAUGGUGCUACUAGAAGAUCUCUCAAUGGUGCAACUAUAAGAUCUCUCAAGGGUGCUACUAGAAGAUCUCUCAAUGGUGCAACUAGAAGAUCUCUCAAUGGUGCUACAAGAAAAUCUCUCAAUUGUGGUACUAGAAGAUCUCUUAAUGGCACUACUAGAAGAUCUCCCAAUGGUGCUACUAGAAGAUCUCUCAAUGGUGCAACUAGAAGAUCUCUCAAUUGUGCUACUAGAAGAUCUCUCAAUGGUGCUAGAAGAUCUCUGAAUGGAUCUACUAGAAGAUCUCUCAAUGGUGCUACUAGAAGAUCUUUCAAUGGCGCUAUUAGAAGAUCUCUCAAUGGUGCUACUAGAAGAUCUCUCAAUGGCGCUACUAGAAGAUCUCUCAAUGGUGCUACUAGAAGAUAAAAAGAAUUCAACAAAUACAACCCAGUAUUCUACCAGAUUUGUUUUCAUGUUUUCUCAGAGUUUGUUUCACUUAUUUCCAUUGUUGUAACCUCAUUGCAGUCACUUGUCCUAUUGUAUCUAGUACAUCUUGCUUGUACUCCUAGUUUUUUAAAAAAAAAAAACGUUUGUGUUUGUGGUUAAGUCCACUUUAACAUCAUACGUAUGAUUUCUUUUCAGGGGUUCUCAAAACCAGUUGUCCCUAUCAAUGAUGAGGAAGAAGAGGAAGAAGUAGAUAUAUCUUGUGGUGUUGGGAGUCUUAGGACCAAAAGAUUUGGCACACGCUUUGCUAAUCUCUAUGUGUUCGCGGCAUGCAUGGGGGUAUCCGCUCUCUUCUCUGGCAUGGUCCAUAGUGUCAUACAUGUUCAGGUGAGUCAAAAGUAGGAUACAUUUACAGGUGAGUCCAUGGUGUCCUACAUGUUCAGGUGAGUCCAUAGUAGGAUCCAUGUAUAGGUCAGUGGUUGUCUACAUUAAGUGAUAUGAGGUAUGGGAUUGGUCUGCCGAUUGUCACAUGCAGGUGCGAAGUUCACAGCAUGGUACAUACAUAAUCUGAUGCCACUGCAAUGUACCCAUGUAGAUACAUUAGUUCUAUGUUUACAAUAGAUUUUAUUGGAUUAUUGCUUUGAAAGAUGUAAGUUUGCAUUUUACACUUUUCUGAAAUUACUUAUUCCCGGAUUUAUUCCACUAAUUUAUGUCAAUUUAACCAUUAGAUUUAACCAGUACCAAGAUAGCUUUUGUAUUUUAUGGACGCUACAUGCUGGAACACAAGGGUCAUUGUCCACAAGUAGAACUGACAAGUUUUUCACUCUAAUUUAUGUAUAUAUCAUUAACUCGAACAUUGUUCCCAUGUUACAGCUGACAUCUAUAGAGAAGCAGUUCAACAUUGACAACUCCAAGGCAGGUCUGUUUGACACGGUAUCCAGGGCUGGGCACAUGAGCACUAUUUUAUUUGCUGGACAUUUUGCAAAGGUACGAUGA